AAUAUUUAAAUCGGCCUCUUGCUUGGCGUACUUUUGACAUUUACCUAAAUAAAUCCAGACAUCUGUUAAUUUUGAUUUUUUGAUGUGAUAAUUUAAUUGCUUACACUGAUCAUGUAAACAUUCCUGGAGUCGUAAUUAUCUGAAAAUAAUUAGCAAUUUAUUCGUUACAAAAAUGAGUAAAUGCGUUGGCACCGAGUUUAUGUUUGGUAGCUAUCUUAUUUAUUUUUGAUUAAAAUUUUAUCUAAUGUAAGUAUAUUUAGUAAUAGGAUCAUCUAAAAUUUCAAGCACGUUUUGUUUUUCUCCAGCGAGAGAUAUUUGUAUUAUAAUGAUAGCAAAAACUGGGAGUGUUUAUUAUGAAUAUAAUGAAAAAUGAAACUAAGAAAUAACUGCACAAACCAUUCGAAGUUCAAUGUUUAAUGUAUGGUAGGAUAGAAUUCAAUUUGUAUAAUAAGCACAAAGGCUAUUGAAAUAAAAUGCCUUUACCCAAACGUGUGAUAGAACCAGUACAUGUCUCUAGAGGGACUCUUCCUGAUGACUUCCCUCUUCCAUCUGAAUUGGAAGCUGUCACUAAUGGGACUUUAGCGAAUACAGUGAGGCAGUUGUCUUCCCUUUCUAGACAUGCUGAAGAUUUGUUUGGUGAAUUAGCUAGAGAUGCACAACAAAUAUAUGAUAGAUCAAAUUCCCUCCAAGCUAGAAUUGAUAGGCUUGCAAUUAAAGUGACCCAAUUAGAUAGUGUAGGAGAAGAAAUUUCACUUCAGGAUAUUCAUAUGAGAAAAGCAUUUAAGAGUGCUGUUGUAUUUGACCAACAGAUAUUUUCGAGAUCGACAAUGCCUACAGCUAUGCUCGAGACUUAUCAGUCCUGUGACCGUCCACCUCCUCUUGACAAACUAAAUUGUUACAGAGAUGACGGAAAAGACGGUCUUAAAUUCUAUACUGAUCCAAAUUACUUCUUUGAAUUAUGGAGACAAGAAAUGUUAAAAGAUACAGAAAGAAUGAUGCAUGACAAAGGCAAGAAACCCCAUAAACCAAGAAACGAACGAAGUCAAGGGGGUAGACACAAGCAGAGAGUCAGACAACCGCACAAUACUCGUGAAAGACAACGCCAAAUCGCCGUAGGGCAUGGAGAAUAUAUUAUGCCUCAAAAUGUUCAUUAUAGAACACCAAUACCCCAACAGCUGCCUCCUCACUAUGCACCUCCAGAACAAAUCAAUCUAAAUAUCGAACAAAGACCACCGAGACCCAACUCAAUAGAAUUAAGGCGUUCGUAUCAACAAGAAGUUCCUGAUGGAAUGCACAGUCCAGUAUAUCCACCUUAUGACGAGAAUCCAUACCAAGCAGGAUUGUAUAUGCAGAAUAAUCCGCCCAAUGGUGAUCAAUAUUAUCAACUGGGUACCCCGACACGGGGUGGAAAAGUGCGCCCGAGUCAACCACCACCUGCACCGCCAAGCAAUUCGUCUACUCCUUCCGCGAACACGCCAACCAGAGGGCGAAGCAUGUCUGCAGGACGUGACGCUCUACCUCCUCCUCCUCCGCCUCCUGAAAUGUCAAUGUCACCACCUAACGGUAUUCCUGCUCGUGUAAUGUCACGUCAGCAGAGUCACUCUCGAUCAAAUUCUCCCCAUUCGCAUCAAGCUACACCCGAGCCCGCACAAGAACUUCCGCCCCCUCCACCUGUACCAAAACAAACUUCUCCUCCUAAACAGACAACUCCGGUUGCUCCUCCACCGCCUCCGCCACCUCCAAUGCCAACAACAUUAACAAAUGGACCAAUCAGUCCACCACCCAUGAUGAACGGUGAUUUAGCUAAGAUAUUGAACAGUUCUUCUCCACCGAAGCUGAUGCCAAUUAAAGAUAGACCUAUUUCUAAACAAGGCCCACCUCCAAUGGCUGAUCCAAGAAAUGAUUUACUUAAAGCGAUUCGUGAUGGUAUUAAAUUGAGAAAGGUAGAAAAGAUUGAACAAAAAGAGGUGGAAAGGGGUAACGGAUUACACGAUGUUGCAAGUAUAUUGGCCAGGAGAGUUGCUAUGGAGAUGAGCGAUUCGGACUCCGCCUCUGAAUCAGAAUGUGACAGUGAGGGUUGGGGUGAAAACGAAACGUCUGCGUGACACCAUAGAAAAGCCAGCACGGCUAGUCAAAUGUACUAAUGAGCGUAGCGCUUUUAGGCUGGGGUAGACAAGACUGAGCUACAUUAACGGUCCGAAGAGUGGUUGAGGAGUGUUUUUAUCGAUCUAACAAUUUUAUAAAAUCGGUUUUUUAAUGAAACGACAUUUUUUGUCGUUGGGAGUAACGAUAUUUGCAUUACAUAUUACGUUUUAAAGCAUUCCAAUAACUUGCUGACAGACUCAAAAAAGAUAGUGUUUUUUUUUUAAAUAUUUUAACUUAUGGUUGAAGCAAUUAAUUCAAAACCUUCUUAUAUAUUAUUUAAUAAUAUACUGACAAUAAUUAAAGCAAAACACGUUCAUUUUAAUUUUUAGCGUAAUAUGUCUUUUUUAUUCAAAUAACGCGCUUUCUUAUUAGGCAAAAGGCUUAUGCUGUAAUUUCUGCACAAUUCAAACAUAAAUUAUAUGAAAUAUUUUAUAGGAAAAGAAUUUAACAGUAAACAUUUUUUAAAGGUAUUAUAAUUGAGAUUAAAAAUUUAUUUUUUGCUUGUAGCUUGGUCUUGAGUUGUUUUGGAGUGUGAUUUGUGUGCAACGAAAAAUCUAAUGAAUUUUAGUCACCAAAAUAUAAAACAAGAAUGACGAAUUAUAUUCACUUUAAUAGGGAGUCUUACAAGCAACCUUUUUGUCAUUUUUUGUUUUACUUUUAUGCUGUAACAUUAAAGGUCAGCCGAGUAAGUAAUGGUAGUUUGACCCUACAAAUAAUUUUUUGGGCAAGUUACUAUCACUAGCACUUAUUUAUGUCUCUUAGUAGCGAGAAGUUGCAGUGGUUGGUGAAGAAAACCAAUAACACUAAUUUCUAAUAACUUGUGAAUGAAUGAAUCUUAAUAAAAAAUAGCUGUUAAAUUUAAGGGAAGAACAGACGAUGAGUUUAAAAUCGAAGAUUGAAAAAAGAAAAAAUUUUAACAUGACAUUUGUAUUUCAAUCAAAAGCAUAAUUUUCUCUUUUGAAACAUCUACAAUAAAUAUUUCUAUUAAGAUCCAAUCAAGAAUUUGUGAUUAAAAAAAUUAAAAUACCCAUUUUUUUAUAUGAAAAAUAGUACAAUUUCUGGUGCAAUGCUUUGAGUGAAAGUAAAUAUUAAUACUAGUUGAGAUGCACAAAAAUGUGAAAUUUAGUUAGCCCUUGCUUACCCGGUUGCUGCCUUUUUAUUUUCAUUAAUGUGAAUCAUGAAUAAUAAAAUCGAAUUAACAUUUUAUAUGCACCUUGUAGUGAAAGCUUUUAAAAAAUUGUAUAGUAAAACGUUUUUGUCUUACAGUUUAUCAACAAAGUUUGUAUGUUUCUAAAUGCCUGAAAAUGUGGGAUAAUGUUUUAUUGCAGUAUUAUCGCAAUUAAUAUUUGUUGUUUCUACUUUUGUAGUUGUACUAUGUGCUUUUCCCAUUCUUACAUUACCAUAAACUGUAGAAAUGGUCUCUUAUAUAUAUACAUAUGGAACUUGUGUAUUAUACUGUAACUUUAUAACUUUUAAAUUAAGCGAUACAUUAAAACUACUUGUACUUGUCUUUGUAAUAUAAUAAAUAUUUAAUGCAC